ACAUGGCUGAUUUGAUACCAGGUGCAGGUGUUCACAGAGCUGCCUUUGGACCUCCUUUUGUUCAGCAGGUUCCAUCAUGAAGUUGUGCAGUCCAGUGCUCCAUGUGAAAUGACAUGUUACAGGAUCAGGAUUACCAGGAUCGACAGUACCAUGUGUCUGGUGAUUGUCAUAUUUCUGUGGAUUCUGACCAUUUCCAGAGGAGCCCCAGUCAAAGUCAGCAUUCAGCAUGUAGGAAACAGGAUCACCUGCAGCUCAGAGGGCAUCUACCCUGAACCUGAGCUCACCUGGUCAACCAGACCUCCAUCCAAGGUGAGCUUCAAGAAUACAACAACAGUCGAGCAGACCAAGCAGCAGCUCUACAACAUCAACGGUUCUUUGAUAGCUUCACUCAAUGAAACUGAUCGAGUCUACAGCUGCACUGUGAGCACUCAGAGAAACAGGAGGAGAGCCAGUCUGAGGCAGCUACCUUCAGUUACUGGCAGCUUCACUGAAACCACAAUCCCCUGCCCCAGCUUUAACACUUCUCCAACAAGCCUCAUUUGGAGAUUCCUUAAUCGUGCAAUUUUGGAAAAGACUGGGUCUGGUUCCAACUACACAGUCUCAAAGGAGUGGAAGCAGCAUGUGAAGGCUGUAUCAGAGUUAGGAAGCCUCACAUUACUGGGCUUAUCUUCAGAGAAGGAGGGAAUAUACACGUGUGAGAUUAGUAAUGUUGAGGAGAUGCUGAUUAAUUACACCAUUAUUCAAAUAAGUCAAGGAAAUACAUACAUGACUAUUAUAGCCAUUACUGCAGGGGUGGUAGUACUCAUAUGCAUCCUAUCGUCAGUCUGCCUGGUGCUGUACUGCAGAAGGAAAAGAGGUCAGCAAGAAAACAGCAUGACGGCGUCAGAGAGUGGCGAACCCAACAUUUAACAGAGAUGUUGAACUUCAUGGAUUUAAAGAAGCAAAGUCUCCUGUGAGCUGUUAAUACACCAAACGUCCCUCUGAUUCAUCCAACUAAAGAUUGCAAACCUUAAUAACUGAAUUUUAAGAAAUGUUUGAUAUGUAAGUGUAAACCAAAGGAAGGUGAAGAAAAAAUGAUCUUCUGCAGUGGGAACUCAACUGUCAGCCAGGCACAUGAAUGUUUUAUGCAGUAAAAUGAUGUGAAAGGAAGUUAAUCGGCUUCACAUUUGAUUGAUGGAACUGGAAGUGACCUCGUCCCAGUUACCACUAUGACUGGAAUAUUUUGCACUUUCACCUACAAACUGCAUGAUUUUUAACUACAGGUUUUAUUGUCAUAAUAAAAAUGUGAUGGACAAUCA